UGUGUGUGUGGCUCCGACUGCAGGGAUCCAAAUCUGAAGUUUUCUGUUCAAACAGACCGUCAUCAUCUUUACACUUCAAACGUUCCUUAAAGCUAACGCUAGCCGGCUACGUUAACGACGGCGUGGUUUUGUCACGAGUGUGCAGCUGUUCAUUCUCUAAGGUGGGCUACUGAUUUCCACCUGGUCGGUGACAGCCCACGGGUUCUUCUCACAUCAUGUCUUCUCAUGGAGAUGGGUCUGAAGAGCAGACUGAUAACGCGAUGGAAGCACCCACAUCCUCUGAGGAUGACGCCACCCCUGGAGCCUCCAUCGCCAUCACCAUCGGGGCGACUGUGCCCACUGGCUUUGAGCCCACUGCGGCGGAGGAGGUGAAGGAGAAGAUCGGUGCUGAUGCCCGGAUCAGCAAAGACCGGGGCCGGAUAUAUUUUCCAAUAACGACUGACAAACUUUUUCAGGUUCAUUUAUUACGAUCCGUAGACAAUCUGUUUGUUGUGGUGGAAGAAUUUGAUCAUUACCAGUUCAAAGAAUCAAAGGAAGAGACAUUGAAGGAGUUGCAGGAGCUUGCCUCCAAACUUCCUUGGACUAAUGCAUUAGAGGUUUGGAAGUUAAAUAAAACCCUAAAAAAGAAGAAAGGCUACCGGAAAGGAGGAAAUUCCAGCAAAGGAAAACCCAACGGUGAGGCCAGCGUUAUGGCUGAAAAUGAUCAGCAAGAGAUACCUCAGGAGCCGCCUGCAGCAGAAAGCACCCCUGAUGUGGAGACCAGUCAGCAGGACCUAGAGGAAGCUGCACCUGCGGCCAAAAUCAUCAAGUUUCGUGUGACAUGCAACAGGGCUGGUGACAAACACAGCUUUUCUUCUAAUGAGGCAGCCAGAGACUUUGGCGGGGCCGUGCAAGAAUUGUUCCAGUGGAAAGCAGACAUGACAAAGUUCGAUGUGGAGGUGUUGCUGAACAUUCACAACGAGGAGAUGGUAGUUGGUAUCGCUCUCACUGAGGAGAGUCUUCACAGGAGAAACAUCAGUCACUUCGGACCCACAACUCUGCGUUCUACCUUGUGUUAUGGAAUGCUCAGGCUGUGUAAACCUCAAGCAUCUGAUAUAAUACUCGAUCCAAUGUGUGGGACUGGAGCUAUACCUCUGGAGGGGGCCAUAGAGUUUAACAAUGCAUUCUACGUUGCUGGUGAUAACAACGACAUGGCGGUUAACCGUACGCUCAAUAACGUAUGUCACAUUCAGAAAAGAAGAGCAGACAAGAGUUGCACACCUGGAUUGCCGAUUGACACGGUGCAGUGGGAUCUGUGCAAUUUACCCCUCAGGACCAGCUCUGUUGACAUCAUCAUCACUGAUAUGCCUUUUGGGAAGAGAAUGGGCUCCAGGAAGAAGAACUGGGAUCUAUACCCCUCCUGUCUCAGAGAAAUGGCUCGUGUGAGCAGACCAGGCUCGGGAAAAGCUGUCAUCUUGACCCAGGACAAGAAAUGCUUUUCCAAGGCUAUUUCCAGGAUGGGAGGACUGUGGAAGAAGUUGCACACUGUUUGGGUCAACGUCGGGGGUUUACAUGCUGGCGUCUACCUCCUCAAGCGCACCGCAGCCGUGUUUGGCCAAACUCCGGAGGAUGUUUAUGAAUCACGUGGGUUGGUUGAUAAACAACGACAUGAGAAGGAUGACAAGGAGCUCUUGUAAUUUACUUCCGUCAGUCUGUAUGUUGAAGCCACGCUGGUUCUAGUUUAUUUAUAUUUUUUUAAGUUUCAUUUUACGGUCAACCACACCAAACAUUUUUAGUAUGUGAUUCAGUAAAAAAAACAGACAUGUUCAAGUUUGACUUGCCUGGUUCAAUCGUCAUAUCGCAUGUCAUCACACCCAUCAUUCCCCGUAUCUGCUGUAGAGAAGGUGCAUAUGGCCUGUUUGAUUAAUAAAGGUCUCAGUCUCAACAUCA